CAUACAUUUACUUUCAGCGGUAUUUCAAGCCUCAUGAAAACACUGGUUCAUUUUAUGUUAUCGUCGGCCUUCAUGAGAUUUCUGACAUGCGUUUAUUGCCACUGGCUUUAACAAGUCUACAGGUUUACUCUGUGGUAUUCGGAAGCUACGAGGAAUAUGUAAUAUUGCCAGACAAUUCAGAUUACUGCCGGAGUCACUCUGGCUUUAGAAGAUUUUCGCUUUCUAGGCAGAUGAGUUUUGUCACCGGAUUAUAUAAUUCGUCAUGGAACAAUCUGUUAUAUGCUUGUAAGAUAAAAGUGUAUCCAAAUGGAAGACUUCUACAUUAUUCUUAUCCUGAAGGACAUACAUCAUACUGGUUCCACAGACUACGGGUUUCUAUUAAUUUUACCUCUUGCAAUGAUUUUUUGACUAUUGGGUUUAUACCCGAAGAAAUCACUCAACCUACUUUACUUCCAUAUGAGUUAAAUUUAACCUGUACAUUUACAUUUCCGCAAAUCAUCGAUUCAAAGCAUCGUAUUGUGUCAUUGGUUUGGCAUACAGAGUCCGGUUCAAUUGAGGAUGUAAAAUCUAAACUAGAAGUUCAAAUGUCAGCAUAUAUGCGAUUCGAAGGAACUUUCAGUCUUACUGAUAAAAUGCGUCGAUGUGAAGUAGGCUCUGGAUUUUGGUGUGGAAAUCAAACUGCUGUUUGUGUUUACGGUCAAAUGCGCUGUGAUCAAGCAGAUGAUUGCUUUGAUGGGGGAACUGAUGAAAUUGGUUGUCCACCUGUUCGUAAUUAUACAUAUGUUCAACCGAGACGUCCUUUGAACAGUUGGUCAGUAUACUUACCGUGGACGGCAUUAGGCUUAAUCCCUUUAAUAUUAAUAUUUGCUUUGGGACUUAUCUGUGCACCUCGAAAAUCUCUAGAUGAACUUGAAGAUGAUGAUCUUAGUCAAGAAAAUGAAUGUUUAAAAACUAUUUUCUCACCAAUGACUUCUUCAUCAACAGCUUCACCUACUUUAUCUGAAUCAAGUUCACCUAGAUCUAUUCAAUCUAUUGCUGCUUGUUCUACUGGAGAUAAAGUUAUUGUUUGUGCGUCAGAAUUAACCCGGUCAUUAUCUCAUCCAAGUCUCUCUGAUAUGGUACGCACAACAUUUGUUACUAACGAAACUAACAAGCAAAAAUCUUGUCUUCUUAGCUCAAACAAUAAUAUGGAACAAGAUCCUGAUUCUUUUUGUCUUCAACAAAAAAGUAAAAAAUAUUAUCCCGAAAGUUGUGAACUUCUUUUAAACAAUGAUAAUAGUAUUAUUAAUCAUGAUAAACGAAAUUUUAUAGAAGAUGGUUCAAGUUCCAAAUUUUUUAAUGAAGUUCUUAAACCAACUAAAUCUAGAGCUGUUACUUUUCAACUACCUGGAGCAUUUGAAGAAAAAUCAAUUAUGGAUUCAGACCAUGACAACAUAGAUUCAGAUUCAAAAAUACAAACAAAUAAAAGUCAUGAAGAAUCAAUGAAUCAACGAGAAGCACAACGAAAUUCCGGUAAUAUUUCACGUCAAUCAAAAUUCGUUGAACCUGAUAAUCGAGCCAUUCCAGCAUGUUUUGAAAUGGCUGCUUUAAAAGUUAGAGUGUCACGCAAUGAAUUUGGAAAUGUCACUAAUCACAAUGUUAAUCCUGAUUUUGUUGAUCAAGAAACUUGGAACUCAAAUGCUUUUACACUUAAACAACCAUACAAAAACCAUCAUUCACACUCAAACUCUCAAUCACAAACCGAUAAUUCGAAAAAUAUUGUAAAAAAUACAAACAACAACGAUUUCAAUCAAUCUCAGUCAAGUUCAUCUGAAAGUGAUCGAGAAGAUGUUACACCUUUCAGACGAACAGAUAAUUUUAUUCUAACUAAUCAUUGGGAUAAAAAUAAUAAUCCAAAAUUAAAUGGUGUACAGAUUCAAAAUGAGAAUGAAGUUGUGGAAGAUGAUUGAAAUGAAUUGUGAAUGCUUCUCUUGUUGAAGUUUCUGAGUGUGUCGAUUAAAGUUCAUUGAAUUAUUGAUUGGUCAGUCAAUACUAAUUAACAAAAGGUAAGAAUACUUGAACUAUUCAAUUCUAUACAAAUAAAAUCAUUGACCGGACACCUUGUUAUUAAUUACUGUAACUUUAGUGAUGAAUAACGUAAUUUUGAUUUUGGGGAGAAGCAUUAUUCAAGUUUGACCAUGUCAGUACUAAGGCAUCUAUCCACCGAAGGUAAUGGAAAAUGAUCACGCAAUACCAUCACAUGCCAUAUCAGUGGUCUGAAGGUUAAUAGGUCACCAUGAGGCUUCAAGGUCUUGUGUGCGAUCUCUAAUAAAGUCAUGGACCGCAUCACUGAGAGACCCCAUACCGGGAUGAAACAGCCGUCUAGUGCAGUAGCAGUAAAAAGUAUAAGCUUUGGGUGUCGGAUAUAUUAUGAUAAUGACUAUAUGGAAAUAUGAAAUAAUAAUCAGUCAGGGCUUUAUGACACAUUGCUGAUUUUCUUCAUCACUCACCUAUUUGUAUUGAUUUUACACGCAGUAAUUUGAAAUAAUAAAAAUAACCAAAGUUACUUGUUCUGUUAGUUCAUAGUAUGAAUCUUUUCACCCAUAAAAUUAAAAAUACAAACUAAAUACUAUUUGAGAUAUUGACAUAGCAGUAAGACACAUUCUGUAUGUUCGUUUUAGAAGUGAACGGGUUUGUACGUUAGUAUUAAGUCAUCAUUUUUCCAGCUAUUUAUUUCAUAUACGAUAAAAUUUUCAUUUUAUCUAUGAGAAAGUAAGUUGUUUAACUCAAGAAUGUGGUCUUAAUGAUUUUUUUUUCUGAAAAAAAUCCUUUCUAUUUACAUCGUGAAUAUUAUUAUAAGUUAUUGAAGAGAAUGAACUAAUGAAAAUGAUAAAUUUAUUCAUUGUUAUCUAACAAAAGCAAUGUUAAACUGCAUGCAAUCCCAACUUUUCAUCUUUAAUUCUCGUAUCAGUUAAGUAUUGUGAGUAUGGAUAAUAUAGAUUAAACAUAUAUUUAUCUUGUUAUCUAAUACUUGUCUAUUACAAUGCAUUACAGUCAUUACAAUUUUCUCUAUUAUAAUAAAUAUUCAUUUUUAGAGAUUAUUUUCAAUCAGGAUAGAUUUGUACUAUAUUUAUUUAUUCAUUCUUUUUCAAAUAUUGUUUAUGUUUCACUACUUACUUACUUACGCCUGUUACACCUCGUAGAGGAGCAUAGGCCACCCACCAGCACUCGCCAUCCAACCCUAUCCUGGGCAAUCCUUUCCAGAUCUUUCCAGUUGUCAUUCAUCCUUUUCAUAUCUGCUUCUUCUUCCCAACGUAAUGUGUUUUUUGGCCUUCCUCUUUUCUGUUUCCCUUCAAGAUUCCAAGUUUAUGUUCCACAAAAGAUUGAUAAAUUAAUACUAUCUUUAUCAUGACAAUACAAAACAUUCACGUAAUUCUAUUUAAUAAACAAUAUAGAUGGUAUUAAUAGCAAUCAGAAAAAAACAGUGAAUGAGUUACAAAAGUUUUACUGAGUAUGUCUCCUCUCGUAUUUUUCUGUAUUUUAACAUCGCUCUACGUUAUAGUCCUUUCACAAAGAUAAAUAGGUAUAUUUUAUGUUCAACAUAUAUUUUUUAAGUUAAAAUUAAAAUGUAUUGCACUAUUAACACAAUUAAGCAAUCAGCUAAUCAAAAAGAUAAGUAGUAACAAGUAAACAUAAUCUGAAGGUCUCACUUAUUUUUUUUAAUUCUCACUUUAUCGAUUUA